AAUCACAUAAACGUCAAAUGUCACUCAUUAACUUCACAACUUUUUAGAGUAAAAACAUAAAACAUAACCUAAAUGAUUUGACGAUGGCUAUGUUUAGGGCUUUAGGAAGAAAUAUUCCUUACUUAAAACAACAAUUCAGUGCACUUUUAGGCAAUACCAGCACUUCUGUGAAAUUUAUAUGCGGAGUUGUACUGUUUAGUUAUGGUUUAUCGUUUUCGGAGGAAGCUAUCAGAGUCAUAUCUGUUACCCCUGGGUAUUUAAUGCCACCAUCAUUUUGGCUAUGGACAGCGUUCACGUUUUGUUUUAUGGAAAUACACUUUUGGGAAGUGCUUGUGGACAUUGUAACAGUGGGUCUAUGUGGGAAAUUGAUUGAACCUUUAUGGGGACAAAUGGAGAUUAUGACUUUUUUCGCUAUUGUAAACUUCGGAGUUGCUGUAAUUACAACAGCAUUCUACUUUAUUCUAUAUUGCUGCACUUUUAAUACCGAAUUCUUAUUUAGUGUACAUAUACAUGGAUUGGCGGGAUAUAUUGCUGGAGUUUGUGUUACCGUUAAACAAAUUAUGCCUGACUUAGUUAUUAUUAAAACUCCUUUAGGGAAACUUAGCAAUAGAAAUAUACCUUUAACAGUAUUUUUUCUAUCGAUUGUUGUGAAGUUAAUAGGAGUUGUUGAUGGUACAUAUCCGACAAUGUUCUUUAGUGGAAUGAUCGUUAGUUGGGUAUAUUUACGAUUUUACCAAAAACAUUCGAAUGGUACUAGAGGAGAUAUGGCGGAUUAUUUCACUUUUGCUAGCUUCUUUCCAAAUGUAAUUCAACCACCAAUUGCUGUUUUAAGUAACGUAAUUCAUACUGGGUUGGUUAAAAUUGGAAUAUGCAGAAAGGUCAUUAGAAAAUUCGAUAUGUCUAAUCCAACAGGUGUUACAGUAACAGUCCCACUAGCAGAUCAACACGAUAUGGAAAGAAGAAGACAAAUAGCUUUGAAAGCUUUGAGCGAAAGGUUAUCAAAGUCUUACAGUGACAAACAGCCUUUCAUACCACCAAAACAGAGUCCAAAAACAAUCCUACCACUUCAUACACCCUCGACAUCGAAACAAGGGCAACAAAGUAUGAAUGUUACACCCCAAGCACAAUCAAGUACAAGUCCUUCCACUAACAAUUCCCAAAUAUCCGAUCAGUAACAUUAUCUUCUGAAGAGGAAUUAUGUUUAUUAAUAAAAAUUUACAGAUUUCACUGGAAGAUGAAAAAAGUAAACAAAUUGCCGUUUGGGCACAAAAAGCUCAAUCAACUGAAAUAUUUAUAACAUUGAGUAUCAAUUAAAAGAAAUUGCCAAAUUAUUGUGGAAAAUAGUAAAAAAAGAAAACUAAAUAUGUACCAACAGUUUGGUUACUAACCUGUAGAUAUUAAAAUGGGAACGUUACUUUAAGCUUAAGCCCCUAUCAAAGCUUUUUUUAUUAACUCCAAAAUUUUUUGAAAAUGGUAAACAAACCUCCUAAAUGAGUACUUGGACUUGGUUGGGGGCCUCUACUCGGUCUAGCUCAUGUAGGGGAACUCAUUUUUAUUUGCUUUAUUCAAAAGUGGCCAAAUUGCACCUGGGCCCUAAUUAGGCGUGGUGAACAAUGCCUGUGGGAAACCUGACAAAAUUCCAAAUGCCCUAUAAGAGCAGGGAUGAUUACAAAUCCUUCUCUUCUUCACGAGGGCUUUGAGCUAACAGGGACCCACUACCCCCAAAGCAUUGACUUCUACUCUGACUGAUGCUUUUGACACAGGAACAUCAGUGAUGCAGAGAAAAAAAAGGGAAGGGGAAGACCAAUGCUGCCGUGACAGUCCAGGAUGCUAAGGCUGCCUCGACUCCAAACUAUCCUUCCCCCAGGGCUUCAAACUCGGAGGUCCUGGUUCUACACUCAUCAAACAAACUGAAUCUGUAAAAUCGUAGGGACAAAUGGAAUCUGCUGUUUCACGUAAAAACAGCUAUUGGAUUUAAUUGAGGUGGUGACUUAGACCAUCAUGGGGUCUCAAUUCUGCAGUGCAGUCUCUCCAUCUUUUGCUGGUUAGAAAUAAUUACUAAUUUUUUAAAAGGUUUAAGCUAAAGGACAUCAAUCUUUGCUAGUUUCAAGUAAGGUCCAUGUGGAAAAAAAGGAAUCAAAAUAUACUGUUUGAGAACCAGAUAGUGUUAAGGAAUCAAUUCCAAUGUAGUAUUAAAAAAAAUGGUUAGAUUACUAUUGGGACAACACAGUAGGAUGGGCUAAAACUAAGAAAAACACUUCUGGGAAACUAGAAGAGAUAGGAUCCUGUGGAGUUAGAUGUAAUCGUAGAUGAAGGUAUUAGGCAAAUUAUGGUACCCACCUCAGUAUUUACAACAUAAUAAAUCACACUUUUAUAGUUUUAAAAGUAACUGUUCUAAAAUCGUGAUUUAGGACUGUAGGUUCUUCCAUAUUCAUUAUUAUAGUUUUUUCUUUCCCCAUCAUUUAUUGUCUCUUCAUCUUCUCUUUGUUGCAAAUAUUUUUAUUUCAUAGAUACUUACAGUGAACAUAAUGGAUUGAGAAAUAGAUCAUAGAACUAGUAACAUAGAUAUUUUAUUGUAAAUUGCACAUAUUAAAUAAUAUACGUCUAUAUAAAAGUUACAAAAUCAGUUCAAUGAGCAUAUUAAGACAACAAAAAAGUUAUUAUUUAGUAAUUACUAUAUAUAAAAAAAAUUACACUAUUUUGGCAGUGGAUAAAUAUCAAAUAAUUCAUAAAUAAAAUAAAAACCACUGUAGCUAACUACAUAGUUUAGUUGAUUUCUGUCAGAAAUCGUCAGUCUUGUAGUCAAUUUUCAAUUUAGUUGAAAAACUAAUAGUCUUAUGUUGACAUAAAUAAUUUUUUUCUCAAAGCACGAAGUACUUUCAUUCAUAUGAAAUUGUUUUAUAUCAACUUCAUAGCAAGAUCAACUUGUCUUUUUCUACAAAAACAAAUUUUUAUAACAAAAACUCGAAAUAAUAAAAAUUCUAACCAGAAAAGAAUGUAAUAUGCUGUAAAAUGGAACCUUUGUAUCAUGUAAUAUAUACUUCAAAAAGUAUUGAACAAAAA